AUGCCACCUUCCUCGGAAAAGUCAAGUAUCCUUUUGCUCGUCGUGGGCAUGCUGGCCUCUGGCGUAUGCAACACCAUUCUCAACAAGUAUCAAGACAUGCAAUGUGUCGAGUUUUGCGAUGACCCUGAUCCUGAAAAGCGACGUUACUUUGAACAGCCUGUAUGGCAGACAGUGAACAUGUUCAUUGGCGAGGCAGCCGUAUGGAUCGUUUACGUAUACCAAGUUAUUGAACGACGAAGACAAUCGAUGCAACCGGUUCCUCCAUCUGCACCCGAUCACAUGUACGAUGCACGCGUGGUGGACGAUGUGGAUGAUCAAAUUGCCAAAGACGACCAACAACAUCAUCAUCAAGAACUUAAAGGUGCCAAGGCUUUACUUUUAUGGAUUCCUACAUUGUGUGAUAUGACAGCUACCACGGUGAUGAGUGCUGGUUUAUUGUUCACAUCAGCAAGUGUAUACCAGAUGCUCCGCGGUUCGGUCGUCAUUUUCACUGGCAUAUUUAGCUAUUUCUUCCUUAAUCGUCGUCUGCGACUUUUCGAAUGGGUAUCGCUCUUGAUGGUCGUCGGCGGUGUAUCAAUUGUGGGUUUGUCGUCUGUAUUGGUGCCUCAAAACAAGCCUUCCAGCAAUGCCGAGAAUGACAACGAUGGUGGCAGCAGCAGCUUUGAUGUGCUCUCACUUGUGGGCGUCUUUUUGAUCCUUGGUGCACAAUUGUUCACAGCUUCACAAUUCAUUUUGGAAGAAAAGAUCAUGUCUCGUUAUCGGGUGACUCCUCUCAAGGCUGUUGGUUAUGAAGGAUCCUUUGGCUUGUUCUCGACAUUGGCAGCUAUGCCUAUCUUGCACGUUCUCUUUGCCGACAAGAGCCUGUACUUUGAUUUGAAUGUGGGUUUCCAUGAUAUCUUUGACGUCCCAGCAGUGUGGCAAACCGGUAUUGCUAUUGCUAUUUCUAUUGCCAUGUUCAAUUGGUUUGGAUUAUCCAUCACAAGCCAAGUCUCAGCGACCGCAAGAAGUACAAUUGAUGCAUGCAGAACACUGUUCAUUUGGAUGGUAUCUUUGUAUCUUGGAUGGGAACAAUUUUCAUGGAUCCAGGUCAUUGGCUUUGCUGUCAUGGUAAUGGGCACUUUUUACUUUAAUGGUGUACUGCGUUGGCCCUUCCCUUCAGACGAAGAAAUUCAAGAGGGUGAAAGAGAACCCUUGUUACGCUCUCCCAACACCGAGACGACAGUACGUGAUGAUUAG